CCAUCGAUACAUGGUGCUCGUGCUGAUGUUUAUGACAGUGUUAACAUAAACAUAUGUUUGGCCCGGUGCAUUUUUCUUGACAAGCGCAGCUUAAAGUUACCUUUAUUUAUAGUUUUAAUAAAAAGAUAAAAGAUUAAUUCCGAAUUAAGCCCUAUUGCGUACGAUUUAAAUGUCGGAAAGAAAAGAUAACAGUGCGCAAAAAGCCGAGCGAGGCUUUCAGCUAGAGGGAAAACUGCGAGACGACAAUAAAAUUCAAGGAGCUGUUAAAAGCUUUGAUUUAAGCCUUGAUGCAUUAGAGGCCGACCUGAAAAAAGCGCUUUCAGCGCAUAAAGAUCCACUUCUGAGCGUAGAUGAACGUAUCAAAUUGGAUAGUUAUUUGGUAUACUUAACUACCACAUUAUAUUGGAUGUAUUUAAAGUUACAGGGCUCAGAUGUAUCUAAGCAUGGUAUAACCCAUGAUUUGGGUCGCGUAAAAGAAAUUUUGGCUAGAAGCAAGGAAAUAAAUGCAUCACUCGAAGCUCCUCGCUUAGAUAUGCCUGCAACCAAGCGAUUUAUUGCUGCUGGAAUGCACACACGUUUUGUGGAUAUGGACGGUGUAAUGGUUACUGAAGAACAAUACAAACGAAGUCUUUUGAACGCUGGGAAGAGUAAAAUAGACAAAUAGUGUUUUGUACAAUAUAAAAGGCCGCAGAAAAUGCUGGGCUCAUGUUUAAACAUACCAUGCAUAAUUUAAAUAUUUUUCCACCUAUAAAAUAGCCGAAAUGUACAAUAAAAGUAAAUGUUCCGAUAUUUGGAAUGUACAUAUACCUCGUA